AUGAAACCAUCUCUCUGCUCUCGGCCUCCUCUGUGUGAACCCAGCAGUGCCCACUGCUCAUUUGAAGCUAAAGCUAAGCCUUCACGGUUUCAGAUCCAGACCGGCACCAGUGACCCCAACAGCUACAAGAGUCUGGGCCACUGCUUCAGGACCAUUUUCAGGAACGAGGGAGUGUUUGGCUUCUACAAAGGGAUCCUGCCUCCCAUCGUGGCGGAGACUCCCAAGAGAGCGUGCAAGUUUUUCUGCUUUGAACAGUACAAGAAGCUGCUGGGACUGACGCCUUUGUCUCCUGGAGUGGUGAGUAGCCAUUUCCUCACACUCCCCCCCGAGCUGGCAGCAAAGACCUGA